UGCCAUAACAACUGAAUUGCAUAUAAUGGACUGUGUAGGACCAUGUGUUGCAGGUUCUCUUACAUCGACCCCCUUAGAGUCGUACUGUAAGAAGGCAUCACCUUCCUCCUUCCUCUUGCCCUCUUCUCUGCAGCCCAAAAACAGCAAAUAUGCGAGAGUGCAUCUCUAUACACGUUGGCCAAGCUGGUGUGCAGAUCGGUAAUGCCUGUUGGGAGCUGUACUGCCUGGAGCAUGGAAUCCAGCCUGAUGGGCAGAUGCCCAGUGACAAAACCAUCGGAGGAGGAGACGAUUCCUUCAACACUUUCUUCAGUGAGACUGGAGCUGGCAAACAUGUUCCCAGAGCUGUGUUUGUAGAUCUGGAGCCAACUGUCAUUGAUGAGGUGCGCACAGGCACAUACCGACAACUGUUCCACCCAGAACAGCUUAUCACUGGAAAAGAAGAUGCUGCCAACAACUAUGCUCGUGGCCACUACACAAUUGGCAAGGAAAUCAUUGACCUGGUGCUGGACAGAAUCCGUAAACUUGCUGACCAAUGCACAGGUCUUCAGGGUUUCCUCGUCUUCCACAGUUUUGGUGGUGGUACUGGUUCUGGUUUCACUUCCUUACUGAUGGAGCGUCUUUCUGUUGAUUAUGGCAAGAAAUCUAAGCUAGAGUUUUCAAUUUAUCCAGCUCCUCAGGUCUCCACAGCUGUUGUUGAGCCCUACAACUCUAUUCUCACUACCCACACCACCCUAGAGCACUCUGACUGUGCCUUCAUGGUAGACAAUGAGGCUAUCUAUGACAUUUGCCGCAGAAACUUAGACAUUGAACGUCCAACCUACACCAACCUAAACAGGCUGAUAGGCCAAAUAGUGUCUUCCAUCACAGCCUCUCUCCGAUUUGAUGGCGCCCUGAACGUAGAUCUUACAGAAUUCCAGACCAAUUUGGUGCCAUAUCCUCGUAUUCACUUCCCUCUAGCCACCUAUGCUCCAGUUAUAUCAGCAGAGAAAGCUUACCACGAGCAGCUUUCUGUUGCUGAGAUCACAAAUGCUUGUUUUGAGCCCGCUAACCAGAUGGUGAAGUGUGACCCACGUCACGGUAAAUAUAUGGCUUGUUGCCUGUUGUACCGUGGUGAUGUGGUACCCAAAGAUGUUAAUGCAGCUAUUGCCACCAUCAAGACCAAGCGUACAAUUCAGUUUGUGGACUGGUGUCCAACUGGUUUCAAAGUUGGUAUUAACUAUCAGCCCCCAACUGUAGUACCAGGAGGAGACCUGGCCAAGGUGCAGCGGGCUGUGUGUAUGUUGAGCAACACCACCGCUAUUGCUGAGGCCUGGGCUCGUCUAGAUCAUAAGUUUGACCUUAUGUAUGCUAAGCGUGCCUUUGUGCACUGGUAUGUGGGUGAGGGUAUGGAGGAGGGAGAGUUCUCUGAGGCCCGUGAAGAUAUGGCUGCCCUGGAGAAGGAUUAUGAGGAGGUUGGUGUAGAUUCUGUAGAAGGAGAGGGCGAGGAGGAAGGAGAGGAAUACUAAAUUUACUUCAUGUCAAAAAAGGUGCUGCUUCUCACAGGGAACAUUGUGACAUCUUGGAAUGAAAAGUAUUUGUUCGAUCACCUGGUUUGUUAUGUAGCAACUUUAUAUUAUGUGUAUUUUGUUGCAUUUUAACUGGUUUGGUCCUAAACAUGAACAUAUUUUGACAGAUCUGGUCACUACUUUUCUUUUAUGGAUUUGUCAAUAAAACAUUCCCUGUCUUAAAAUA